AUGAGCCGGAAAGUGAACACCCUGAUGGGAAGGACCCCCGUAGUCCGGACUCUCUUCCGAAGCAUCGGGACGCGUCCAAAAUUCUUCGGCGAUAUCAGCUCCAGUUACCACCCGGAGCAGCGCCGCACCAUGCCGUCGGUGUACUUCAGCAAGAUGGAACUGAUGCCUAUUGUCGAUACAGAGCUGCAUCCCAGCGAGUGGAAGACCAGUCGCGCCAAAACGGCCAACAAGAUUUGGAGGGGUUCGCGAAAGGAUCACUUCGAUGAGCUGUACAGGAAGGAGCAACGCUGCUUUUCGGACUCCUAUCGCUGGUCAGAGUUUCGUCGGAAGUUCAUUUACGGCAGUUACCUCUAG